GGAUGACUUGGUCUUUAUAAUAUUUAUACAAACUGAACUGUGUAGAUUAAAAAGAAAACAUGGAAGAAGACGACUCUGAUUCCAUCAUGAUGGAAGGCAGAGAAGCAGUCCUUGGGUUUCAACCGCAAAAAGAAUCUGUAUAUAGCACUGCGUUACCAUAUGCUGAUGAAAUAGAUCAGGAAUCAAAUGCAAUACUUAGUGAAAUUAAAGGAAACCUUGGGCGUGCUAUUCAAUUACGAGAUAUAAAAAUAGGAACACGACACUGGAUUGUUCAACUAGAAAGAUACAUUACAUUGUAUGGCUUCAAAUUUUCAAAGACAGACCACAUUCUCCUAGUAAAACUCAUGUUUGAAUUACUUACUAUGCCAUUGCAAGAAUUUUCUCUUGUGGAAAAAUUUGCCAUGACCCUUAAUCUUUUACUUCGAAAAAAGAGUCUUUUGUCUCGAGAAGAUUUAAUAUUGCCAUGGCAGCCACUUUAUAAAAUUGUUAAGGAAUGCAGUAAAGAUAAAUGCAACUUUUAUCCUGCUAAAUUUGAAGUCACCAUAAAAAAUACUGUAAUUGCUUGUACUCCAUAUUUUCAUGAGAAUGCCACCCAAGAAAUGCUAGAUGAAUGGCGCCCGUGGUUGUGUCCUUUUGAUAUGUCUGUCAUUGGAGGCUUGCAGUGUCUAGAAAUAUUUCUCCCAACUUCUCUACCACCUCAACUACAUAACAAAGGCUAUAAGCUUUGGUUUGAUGAGUUCAUGGAUUUAUGGAAAUCAUUUCAAAGUUUGCCUUCGUGGGAGGGAAGCUUGGUCAACCUAUUUGCUAGACUUGCACAUGACAACAUUGGAUACAUUGACUGGUCUCCAUACAUUCCAAUGAUUUUCACAAGACUACUGCGCAGCUUUUGCCUCCCUGUUGGUGCCAGACAACUGGUCCCCAAUAGACAUCACGGCGCCUAUGAAAUACCAAAUGUUUCCAAUUGGAUAGUUAGCAUGAUGGGAGGAGCUAAUGAUACCAUACAAGAUCAUCUCUCACAGCUGUUUAAAGCGUUGCAUUCUUUUUAUCAUCCCUCAAAUGUUGGUAGAUGGACUGUGAGAUUAGGAUCUUUUUUACAAAACCUCCCAAAAAUGUUUGUUAAGCGAUUGAGGAGAGAGCGUUACAAACAAAUGAAGUGGCUGACCCCAGUACCAGAUGAGUUUAAGCUGAGUGACAAGCAAGUCACUGAGUUUGUUGAGAGCCUAAAGUCCUCUGUCUUUGUGGCCAUGUUCAGCAAGUUUGGCAGUCAUGAUGCCUCAAUGGCCCUCAGAAGCCUGGCCACACUCAGACCGGAGAUAGUGGUGCCACCUUUGCUAGAGAAGAUGUAUCCUGCUAUGGAAACUUUGAUUGAACCUCAUCGCUUGAUUGCCUGUAUGAUAUGCAUUGUCUCAGUGGUCAGACCAAUGCUCACCUCAAACAAAUAUUACCCAGAAGGCCCCUCUCAUGUUAUACCACUUUUAAAUUUAUCAUUGCCUGGCAUUGACCCGAAUGAUUUCAGGAAAACUUUGGUAACUCUACAGAUGAUAUCCAACUUUAUUUCACUUAUCCCAAUUGUUGAUUCAUCUGAUGCUGUUCAUGUGGUUCCUGGGUUGACUGAGCUGGAAAAGGAACUAUGCAGUGCCACUGCACACUUUGAGGAUUUUGUGUUGUCAUUUCUAGACAGAGUUCAUACAAUGAUAGAAAACAGUUCAACAGUGUCAACAGUUGGGGUGACAGAGAGACUGACACCAGAGCAGACUGUGCUUGAGGUUGGCCUGGCCUCCACAGUCUCGGCUAUGUUACAACAGUGUUCUUCUGCUAUUUACCUUAGUGCCUUAAAAAAAAUUCACAGUUUUAUAGCUUCCAAUGUGUUUGAAAUAAAAGUCAGCGGUAGACUGGCAGCUAAUUUAUGCAGGGCGGCUGUUCGAAUCAAUCCUGAAGUGGCUUUAAAAAUGUUUCUACCUAGUUUGUGCUCAAGUAUUCUCAAGUUCUUAGAAGAUCAUCCUGGUACUUUUGAAGAAACCACCUUGGACAAUACGUUUUUGUGGAAUUGUUUAAUGCUUUCACAUGUGGUGAGAUGUGAUGGGACAAAGCUGUUGCCCUACAGGUCAGAACUUUUGUCAGUCCUGGACAAAACACUUCAGCUCAAGUGUAUCCAGGGGUAUGAGAUGGCUGGCCAGCUUUUGAAACAUCUGCUGAAGAGUCUGACCCAGGUUUAUCCUCUGGAGUUUCGAAGUGUGGCGUAUAACUUUGAUAAGCCUUAUUCUGAAUAUCUACCAAUAAAGGAUUGGGCUGUAGCUGGUGACAUAAAGAAGUUGGACGUCCAGUGGCACAUAGCAUCCGAUGAAGAACUGGACUAUGUACAAGAAUUAGUCGACACAUUUCUCAAGCCCCAGCUUGACCUUUUUCAAAGCAUUUCUUCUGAACAGGAAAUAUCCAAAGAAGACAUUCUGCGUCGACUGAAUAUUGUUUUAGAAGUAGUUCUUGGUGCUGGAACUCACCUGCCUGCAUGGGAAAGUGAAAAAGUUCAACUAAUGAAAUCUCAGGUUCCUUUAUCAAGAUUUAGCUGUUUUAGUAUAUGUAACAACAAAGUAUUAACUCUAAAUGGGAAGAACAUCAGAGCUUUGAUCCAUACUGCCAUGAAACAUUUGCUACAAUACUUGAGUGUUUCAAGAGAAGACGACACAAAAAGUAUGUUCCACAUAAUCAAAAUCUAUGAAGUAUUAAUGUUGCAUUAUGGGACAGUCAAGUCUGAGUUUGAUGGGAGAUGGAAAAGUUUUCACAUUGUUAAAACAACCUUAGAGAACCAACUGCUGACAAGAAAAAGACAUUUGAGAGCUUUACUCAUAGAUCGUCUUCAACUACAUCAUGAGUUAAGAACUUUAAAUUGCUGUGAUCGUGAUUUUACAAAAAGACAUGAAGAUAUUCUACAUGACCUGCUACAGCUCUCAGUUAGUAGAUACAGGGAGGUUCGUAAAAGAGCUCAGUCCUGCCUGCACCAAGCAUUCAGAACUUUUGCUUAUUCCUAUCGUACCUGUUUAGUCCAGCUGGUUGAAAACCUGAAAAAUCCUGAGCCUGAACAACAUCUGUUUAAGGGCACUUUGUAUACCAUACAAGGUCAGGGUGCUAAGUCAUGUCUGGCCAUCAAACGUGACUGGGACACUCUAUCAAAGUUGUGGCCAGCUCUGGUGCAGGCCCAGCAGUUUGAGAAGCCUUCCAUCCUCAAAGUCAUUGAGGACAUUAUGAACAAAGUCUUUAAAGGCUUUGAGACAUUUGCUAUUACUAUAAAGACCUGUGAUGAGGUGAUCAGUGCAGCCACUAGACUCAUUGUAGACUGUACACAGCCCCUGCCUAAAGCUAGUGCUGCCAGUGAUGCAGAAUUACAGGACGGGCUCCAGUUUGAGAACACCUGCAACAGUGAAUUAGAAAUGAAAUACAAGAGUCUUAUACAGGAGCUUCUGCACCUUGUUGAAUGUGGAAAACUUACCUGGAAGUUUAGCCAGAGAGGGUUUGAGUUUUUAAGUUUACUUCUGUUUGAGCAAGUGGAGACUUCCCCUCAGUUGGUUUCUUUGUUUGUGAAAAACUGCAUCAGUGACCUGCUGUACAUCAGAAAGCUCUCCUAUAAUUUCCUGACGACAAUAAUGGAGCUGCAGAAAAGAAAGCCUAAGAAGAUCAUAGUGGACAUAGCCAAAGCCUCAGGGGUCAGCCACCUGGAUCUCAGCUCCCUUGCUCCUGGGGACAGGCCGGAUAACGAAUGGCUCCAGUUUGAUCCUAAAAAUUUUAUCAAAACAGAAGAAGAGUGGAAUAAAACAGUUUUCAUUGAGAAAACUCAUUGGGGAUAUUACACUUGGCCAAAAGAGCUGGAAACCAAUGCUCCGUAUGAUGAACUGCCAAAACUGGACAGAAAAAGGGAGGAACUCCCUGACUCAGAAAAACCAAUUUAUGAUUUCUUCAUGAAUGAUGACUGUGUGGCCAAAAUGUUUGAGUUUCUUGCACUGGAGGAGGAGAAGAACACAGACAAGUUCAGACAAUCUAUAUUGAAGUUCUUCAAGGUUAUGUUCCGUAACUUUGGAGAUACCUUUCUACCCAAGUUUAAACAACACAUUGAAAAGCUCAUCCAAGACACAAGCCAUGACAAGCAUGCCAGCAGUCAGAGGUGUGCCAUGGAGGUCCUGGGGGGAAUUAUAUCUGGCUCUAAGCUCUGGCCUUACCCUAAGCUUGUGAGUUUGUGGGCCUGGAUUAGCCCUCUACUGGAGAAUGUGUUGAACAACAUUACUAUUGAUACCAUUUCUGACUGGGGAAACUUUUUCCUCUAUAUUUGUGAAAACCGUGCACCACAGAAGUUGCAAUGGCUUUAUAAAAUACUGCUCACAAACCCCCUGAGUGGGGAGGGUGGAACAUUUGGCGAUUCUGCACGGCUGUUUAUGUUACAACAGGCUAUACUGCAACAAGAGUGGAGGAUACCAGGCUACCUCCAUGCCAUUGUCCAGUACCUUAGACCACACAUGGAUCAUAAUUACAAGAAUGUGCGCGACAGAAUGGGCUCGCUGCUAAGUUCCUGUCUUCACACUGAUUUUAAGAUCAAGAGCCAAUGUGUAGUACGAUCACCCCAGCGUGGUGAUUUAAUUAAGUCAGUUCUACCUCAGCUGGAGCAGUUUAAAGACUGUGUACAGACUACCAGGGGAGCAGCUUCAGCACCAGAAAAUGGGGAGACAGCUAGUGUAGAGGAUUCAGAUGAGAAGAAAGCAGCUGUUCGUUUGUGUAAAACAGUGGUACAGAUGGUGUCUACCUGUUUCAGUAAAAGCUUAAACCCUUGUUCUGAUGAAGUCUUUCUACUUUUACCCAUUAUUGAGAAUCUCCAGAGUGAGGCAAAUGAUGAAGAUCUGAGAGAAGAUUGCAAACAAGUUAUGUUGAACUUAUCCAUGAUACUUGUACAGGAGGAGUCUAUAGAACUGGUACUGUCCACAAUAAAAGAGGUGGCUGGCCUACAGUCCUGGCACGCUAGAGCCAACAUCCUCAACUACAUGCAGCAGAUGGUGUUUGGCAACUUCUUCCUCCUGCAGCAGGUGGACCACAAGAAGAUGAUACAGGAAAUGUUGCUGCACCUGCUCUGUGAUGAGCAGCUGGAGGUGAGAGAGAUGGCAGCCAUGACACUAAGUGGGGUCAUUCACUGCAAUUACCUGGAGCUAGACAAGGACAUGCUAGAGCACUUUGAAAGGUUACGGAGCACCAAAGUGAAAGCACGCAAACACUCGGCCCAAGAGAACGUGUCCCUGAAGCAGCUGAUCAAGCGACACGCUGGUGUGCUGGGGCUCAGUGCAUGUAUACAGGCGUACCCGUAUGAUGUGCCAGAGUUUAUCCCACAAGUCCUGGUGGACAUCAGUUUACACGUGAAUGAUCCACAGCCUAUUGGGAUGACAGUUACUAAAACCCUCUCCAAUUUCCGGCGCACCCACCAUGAUAACUGGCAUGACCACAAGCGCAUGUUCACAGAUGACCAGCUGAUGAUCCUCACUGACCUGCUCAUCUCACCAAACUACUACGCCUAGCGACCGGAACUAAACUUGUUUAGGUAUUUUAAUGGGGAUUUUUCACAGCAACAUUAUUAAUAGUAUGUUUAAUAAAUUAUUAACUUAUUAUGGGGUUAAUAAAUUAUUUGUUUUAUGUGAUUUUAUUUACUAUUAAAUAGUAUUAUCAGUUUGGGCCUGGUCUUGUUAAGUUGUAUAGUUAAAAAUGUUACCUUAUAAAAUGUAUAUGUAAUUCUGUAGUUACAUAAUUUACUUUUCAUUUUUUAUAACUUAAAUUAUGCUUCCGUAAGGUUUUAUUUAAACUAUAUUC